ACCCCUAAUUUCAAAAUCCUCUUCAUACUAUUCCCCUGUAAGCUCUAAUCGAUAAAUCUGGGUUUCUCCUCUCAACAAAAUCAAGGCCAGGGUUUUCUUCUGUUCAUAUGUUAGAUGGAUUUAAUCACAGAAACAGAAUCAGAGAAUGUUGCUGAUUCUUCCUUGUGGCUGCAUAAUUCUAAAUCAUUAGCAGAAAUAUUAACAGAGAUAAAUCAGAAUGUUCAAAGAAUGCUUAGAAUGAUUGAAGACAGUGAAGAACCUGAGUCAACGGAGAAAUUUCUUUGCUUAUAUCAGUCUCUCGGUGAAACUUACAAUGAUUUGAACCAGGAGCUCCUCAACGGCCUUCUCAAACUGCCAUGUUCCCUUGUAACUUCAAUGGGGGCAUUGAGCUCCUUUAAGCCUGAUAUAUCUCUUGAUUUGGAGUCAGGAACCUCUUACUCAUCUCUGAAUCACCAACUGGUCUCAACAACGAGUAGCGAAAAGUCGCAGAGCUUGAAACUACAUGGUGAGGUUGAGAAGAACGACUCUGCAUUUUUGCAUGCUGAUAUGUUCUGUGCCGAGCUUGAAACUGCACGGAGAGAAUUAGAAGUAAGAAACAUAGACAUUGAAACUGAGAAAAGACGUGUGCUUGACUUAGAAAGUAAGCUAUCAGAUUCAAGUCACAAGAUUGAGAAUUUGGAAAGCGAGCUCGACGAGGUUAAAGAGUGUUUAGGUGUGUCAGAAGCCGAGGUUUCAAAGCUAAUGGAAAUGUUGAGUGGAUGCAAGACAGAGAAAGCGAAACCGCAGACCGAUAAUGCUGCUGACUUGUUAGAUAGCCUGAGAACAGAGUUGAGAUCAAGAGAAAUACAAAUUGAGCAAAUGGAGGAGUAUUUGAACCAGGUGUUGUGUCUUAAAGAAACUGAGAUUAUAUCUGAGUCAGGAACCGACAAGAAUGUUGUGGAAGAACUGAGAGCUAGAGUUCAAGUGCUGGAGAAACAAGUGGAGUUGCAGAGAAAUGUGAUAACAGAACGAGAGGAAGAGAAAAGAGAGGCUAUAAGACAGCUCUGUUUCUCUCUGGAUCAUUACAUGAACAGAUAUUUAGAGCUUGUAAGAUCACUUUCAGACAACAAAAAGGUAUGCCUUGUUAAGUAAUUUGUAGACAAUCCUAAACUUGUAGAAGAGGUCAUAUGUUUUUGAAUGAUGCAAACUAAUAUCUGACUUCAUCUUAUAAUCAAAACUAGUGCUGAGC